UCAUUGUCCAACCCAUACCCCCAGCCCGCAAGGGCCAAAAACACAAUGACCGACCCGGUACCAUCCCUCAUCGACGACCUCAAGGCGUGGUUCCCGCUCACGGCGCCCAUCCCCAACCCGGCGACGCACCCAGAGCUGAUCCGCAUCGCCGACCUCGCGACAGAGGAGGACCUGCUGCACAACCCGGACAACCUGCGCGCGUGGCUCAACCACAUCGAGCACAUCCGACUGCGUAUCAGCAAGACGCUCCCGCCAAAGAACCACGACCCGUCAGCUGAGGAGCGCAUCCUUGGCCCGCUCGCCUCGCCCGCCGCGCGCGAGGGGCUCAAGGAGCUCGUGUUCGUCUACGAGCGCGCGCUCGCCGUCUUCCCGACAAGUUACAAGCUCUGGAAGGCGUACUUUGUCACCAGGCAGGAGUAUGUCCUCGGCGAGCUUACAGAGGACGCGAAGAAGGCGCGCGCGAAGCAGGCCAAGCGCGGCGCGGGGUACAAGACGAAUGUGCAGGAGAUCCUCGACGACACAGAGGAGGUCAACCAGUGGGAGGGGGCGCUCGACGGCGUCGUCGGCUACGACGAGUGGCGUGCGCUGUUUGCCACUGGCGAGCGCAUGCUUGGAUGGCUCAGCCACCUCCCCGUCCCGUGGUUGCUGCACCUCAGCAUGAUCCUCCACCCCAACUGCCCCGCGACCUUCAAGCGCACGUACGCCCGCCGGACGUUUGACCGUGCAUUGAGGACGCUGCCGCCAAGUCUGCAUGGUCGCAUCUGGGGCCUGUACCUCCGCUGGGCUGAGCUCAUCGGCGGUGAGGCGGGCGAGCGCGUCUGGCGCCGUUAUCUCAGGAUCGACUCGUCGCUUACGGAACGACACAUCGCGUACCUCCUCGAGGCGGAGCCUCCCCGACCUCUUGCCGCGGCCAAGUACUUGCUGUCGCUUGCGCGGAGAGCGCAGAAGAACCUGUACUCGUCGUUGGAAGGCAAGUCGCCAUACCAGCUGUUUGUCGACUUCCUUGAGCUUGUCGAGAAGUACGCCGACGACGUGGGCAUGGACGAGGAGCAGACGCUCGAGCUGCAAGCGACCAGGGAGGCGGUUCAGGAGGCGACCACCGGAGGGGAGGGAUCCGAGGCGCCCAAGGCCGAGGUGGCGAGUGUUGAAGGACGGCUGAUGCGUAUCGCUGGACCACCAGUGCCUACGUCUUCAGAAGCGGUUCUCCACAAGCCGACAAAAGGAAUAGGAGGAGGCGCAGGUGCCGAGGCAAACGACCUGCCAUACGACGAGGACACCGACCCAUCCAAUCCCCGCCUGCUCGACGUCGAGGGCAUCGUGUACCGCGACGGUUUGGAGGUCUACAAGGACCAGGCUGGCCGCUUGUGGACUGGACUGGCGACGUACUGGAUCAAGCGGGGCGAGCUCGACCGCGCCACGGCCACGUUUGAGAAGGGUCUCGCCGAGGUUGUCACCAUUCGCGACUUUACGCAAAUAUUCGACGCGUACGCCGAGUUCUCCGAGACCAUGGUGUCGACGCUCAUGGACGCCUUGGCGGACGAGGACAACCUCGAGGAUGAGGACUUUGACGCCGAGGAGACCGAGGCCGAGCUUGACCAGCGGAUGAAGGGCUUUGAGGAGCUCAUGGACCGCCGGCCCUUCCUCGUCAACGAUGUGCUCCUGCGCCGCAACCCCAACGAGGUGGUCGAGUGGGAGAAGCGUGUCGCAUUGCACGGCGAUGACGACAAGGCCGUGGUGGAGACAUACCUCCGCGCCAUCGACACGAUCAACCCGAGGAAAGCUACCGGCCCGCUGUACCCCCUCUACGUCAACUUUGCCAAGUUUUACGAGGAGGGCGGAUCCCCCGACGCCGAGACUGGCGAGCCAAGAAACGAGCCCGACCUCGAUGCUGCGCGCAAGAUCUUUGAGAAGGCGGUCAAGGUUCCGUUCAAGGCCGUCGACGAGCUCGCCGAGACGUGGUGCGAGUGGGCCGAGAUGGAGCUGCGGAAUGAGAACUACGACGAGGCGAUCCGCCUUAUGCAGCGUGCGACGACGGUGCCCAAGAACACCAAGGUCGACUACUACAACGACAACCUGCCGCCCCAGUCGCGACUGUUCAAGGCCCUCAAGCUGUGGUCGUUCUACUCUGACCUGGAAGAAUCGAUCGGCACAGUCGAGUCGAGCAAGGCCGUUUACGACAAGAUUAUGGAGCUCAAGAUUGCCAACGCCCAAACGAUUGUCAACUACGCAGCGUUCCUCGAGGAGAACAAGUACUUUGAGGAGUCGUUCAAGGUGUACGAGCGCGGCAUCGAGCUCUUCCACUUCCCCAUCGCCUUUGAGAUCUGGAACAUUUACCUGUCCAAGUUUGUCAAGCGGUACGGCGGUCAAAAGCUCGAGCGCACGCGCGACCUUUUCGAGCAGGCCCUGGAGAACUGCCCCGCAAUGUUCUGCAAGCCGCUGUACCUGAUGUACGCCAAGCUCGAGGAGGAGCACGGUCUCGCCAAGCGCGCCAUGGGCAUCUACGACCGUGCGACACAGACGGUGCAGGACUCGGACAAGUUCGAGAUGUACACAAUCUACAUUGCCAAGGCGACCGCCAACUUUGGCCUGCCUGCCACGCGACCAAUCUACGAGCGCGCGCUCGAGCAGCUGCCCGACAAGGAGACUGCGACCAUCUGCCGCCGCUUUGCCCAGAUGGAGCGCAAGCUUGGCGAGAUCGACCGCGCGCGUGCAAUCUACGCCCACGCAAGCCAGUUCUGCGACCCGCGUUCCAACGCCGAGUUCUGGUCCGAGUGGAACGCGUUCGAGGUGGACACGGGUUCCGAGGACACGUUCCGCGAGAUGCUGCGUAUCAAGCGUGCUGUCCAGGCGUCGUUCAACACGGACAGCGCGUUCGUCGCGGCGCAGGCUGCGGCUGCCGCCAACGGCGGCGAGAAGCCCACCGACGUUGCGGCUGCCGCUGCGCGCGAUGCGGCCGACCCGAUGGCCGCGAUGGAGAAGGAGCUGGCCGAGUCGGCGGCGCCCGCUGCGCGCGGUGGCGCGCCUGCGUUUGUCGCGUCGAGCCUCAAGCCCGCGGCGCAGCACGAGGAGGCACAGGAUGCGUCGGGUGCCAACCCCGACGCGAUCAACAUUGACGACGAGGAGCUUUAGUUGAUACAGUGUAUCUGCACAAUGCAUGGUGUUUUAUUAGCGAAGUGACGGCGGCUACGUAUACAACCUAUUUGCGAGGAUGUACUCCGCGACCUCUGGCACGACGAGUUCUUCCAGCGCGUCACGCCCGCGCCCCUCACGCACGAUACUCCGCACGUCGGUCGAGCUGACGGCUUCGGCGCCAGGUAUGGGGGGCAGGGUACGUAUCUUCCCGAGCGCGACGUAGUGCGCGACGUCGUCGCGCGCGAAGAGGGCGUCGGCCUGAGCGCGGCCUUCGCGACUGUACCCGUCGCGGAGGGCACACACGAACCAGCAGCGCGCGAAGAGCUUCUCCAGGGCAGCGCUCAUCCCUCCAGGGGCAGGAUAAUACUUGUCGUCGAA